GAUAAUGAAAUAGAACUAGCACGAUAACUUUAUCGUCGAGUCGCUCGACUGUCAAUGGGGGUUUCGAAAAUGCGGGAGACGCGCGCCGAUUCCGUCGUUCUGUCCGAGUGAUUCGACCCGGUUGAAGAAGAGUCGCGGAAUCAUGUGGCCGAUGCGGCCGGAGAUGACUCGCGACGAGUGCAGGAAAUGCUUGAGAUAUCUCGAAUUAGACGCUUAUGGGAGUAUGGUUUCUGUUCUUCGUGCUCAAGGUCCUUUUACUAGUGAAAAACAGAAGCUGCUGCAGGAACUUGCUAAAGUAUUACAUAUUUCCAAUGAAAGGCAUCGCGCUGAAAUACGAAGAGCUGUAAAUGAUGAGAAGCUCGCAAUGAUUGCUAAACAAUUGAAUGGUCCAAAUACUGGGAUAGAUUGGACCAUCGAAGGUCGUCGAACUGUUCCCCUUCUGCCAAGAUUAAAAGCGCGGUCUGCGUUCACGAUAUUAGCGAAUAGCUUGUCUCUUGCAACUGCGACUGCGAAUGAGAAGAAACCUGAUAAGCAGGUUAUAUCUGGGCGAUCUGCGAAUUCAAUAGAUUCAUUAAAUGUUGUUGAAACUGAAUCUCAAUCCGAAGCGAAAAUAGCAGAAACUUUAUCUGUUGAUACAAAAUCGUGCAAGCUCGAAAAUGACGUUGGUAGCAAUCAAGUCUUACAAGAGAAUACGAAUCUGGUUGAGAACAAGAAAACGGAGGAUGUGGCUGAUGAAGUCAAUAAAGUGAUCGAAAAGCCCAUGACAUCGAGAGUAGCGGCGAAACGCAAGUGCCCGUCACCAUUGUUGAACACGCCAUCGAAUAAAGUUCUAGUGGUGUCGAAACCACUUUGGGCACUUGAAGAUAAGCAGGCAGCACAAAUACCAUCAUCACAAGCAGCUACGCGUCAUCAAAAUGUUGCAGUAAUUCCGGCUAAUGUCGGUGACGCGUCGGAUGCUAAAGAGAGCGCAACGGUGUCGGGACACUCGAGCGGGUGCACCGCAGUUCCGUCGAACAAGCGUGCAGUCACUACAUCGAUUUCCGUAUGCACAAGCAACGCCAACAACAAGCCUAAAACGAUAGUAUCUGCUAUGCAGAGCAAAGUUAGUAGUACAAAAUUAGUGCCCGCGGUAUCGAGCAACGCACUGAACACGCAAUCACUCAACAAGACGCAAUCGGAAAGCAAGGACGUGCAAACCUUGGACGACACAGAGAAAAUUCCGAGAUCUGAGAACGCCAGCUCAAGUCCGUUAUGCCAAAAGCGACCCGUGGGGUCGCUCGUACAUGAAGCUCUAGUGCCGAUUAAAGCCAGCAAUACACAUCGACUUGCGCAUACGGUAGCCGUGUAUCCUGGUACCACAGUGUCCAGUGGUCCUGGGCCACCUCAAAUUAAACAAGUUCCCGCGACACUAAUGUGCAAGAAACUGCCAUCCGAGGAAACUUCGACCGUCAAUCAUCAAUCCACUGCCAAAACGAGCGUUACGAUAAAUUCGAAAAAAGUUGUAAAUAUGUCGCAUUAUCCUAACGCCAAAUUGAACGCAAAGACUAAUGUGAUCGUCAUCCAGAAGGGUCAUGCGAAAGGUGUGACGCUGUCGCAUGCAGGCAAGGAAGUAUUGGGAAAAGUUAUAAUGGGGGGAAAGAACCUAUGCGUUACGAGCCAGCAUAGCGCGAGCUCCGUUAGUAUUCAAAAGCAUCAUAUCUCCUUGAACAAUGGUGAUCAAACAACGACUUCGCCCGCAAAUUCGUCGCAAAGUGCGGAAACUGUUAAAACGAGUGUAAAGCCGGGGAAAACAGCAGUUGUGUCCGUAGUCGCGACACACUUACGUCACGACGUUUUGGAUAAGAGUAAGGGUUUCUCGCAGCUUUUCGACUCGCCUGUUCUCAAUUCGGAGUCUAAGACUGUAGUACCAAGCACGAACGCGCACCUGCCAAAAGAAGAAUGCAACAGCGAGGCUGAUACAAUGACUGAUCAAGAAUCUUCUCAGAAAUCUUCCGACUCCAUGGUUACUUUCGUGGCGGAGGAGAAACAGUGCAGAAGGAACAACGAUGUUAACGCGAGCGUAAAUAGUCAGGUAUCAAAUUCGGUAGACUUCUCGAAGUUGCCAAGGAGCAAGGAGGCGCUUGUCAAACCAAGGCAACUGACGAGUAUGCAAGACGAUGCCGGAAGUAACACUCGGGUAGAAGAUCCUGACGAGGAUAUGGACGUGUUCGGCGCGACGUUGGAUUCAACGGAUAUGAACCUGGAGAACUUCCAGUACUUGGCAGAUAAUAACGCCGAGAGUCGCGAGAGAGCCUCGGGAGAGCCAAUACGAUCGGUGGUGAUUGUGAACCAAGUGGAUGAACAUGACGACUCGUAACGACUAUGGGAAUCUCAACGUCAUGCGUAUUGUAAUCGUCGUUGGACGACAGCAAGGCUGAUAAUACUUUCAUUUCGAAAGCGUACUGAUAUAUAUCUAUCUAUUUUACGUAAACAUGAUACGUUUCUAUUUAUACAAUACGCCUAUUUUAACGAGAUUUACUACACGCAUACGCCUACGUUCUUUAGAUGAUAAUUUCGAGAGAGUGAUGAUGAGAGAUAACCGACUCCGAUCUUUAUUUGUAUGUAACAUUAUUUUGUACGUAGAUCGAGCGGGGUAUCUCCGUUCGUUGAAAAUCUGUUUCCGGGAUUCAAGUAUCGCAUGGAUCGAUAUUAAGUAUUUUAGGUGCCAAAAGCCACUUACGAUCUGCCGUUAAAAUUUACACUUUUAUAAAGAAACGACCCAUGACACGCGCCUUGUACAGUAACAUUCAUUCACUUUCUCGUGAUUCCAACUCGCAAUGCAAAUUAAUCCUCGAACAAUUUUUAAUUUUGUUGUCUUCUUUUUUUUUCUCGUUUCCUCCCUACCGUUAAUAGAACAAAAUUGCGAGCUGGAAUUCUCAAUAUGCAUUUAGCGCGAGAUGUGACUGUGCAUUGUGUAUUCUUACCUCAAAUGUGUUCCUUUCUCGUAUCAGAUACAGGCAGCUGUAUUUAACAUUAAACGCAUCUCCAAUUCAAGGAUUUGUAUUUCCAUCGUGUGUGUAUAUAUAUAUACACAGAUGCGGUAAUCCAGUUAGACUAUCAAAAUAGAAAUCAGUAUAUAAAUAUCGUAAAUAGUGACUGAGCCAUAAAUUGUACAUGCGAGUUGUAAGAGAAGAAGUAAACGGACGUGACAAAUUGCACGCACACUUAAAAAGUCAUCUUGUACUUUCGUUUGUAAAUACAUAAGGUUGAACAGUUCUGUAAAUGUGAUAUUAUGGUAUUAAGUACUUUAGGAGUUUAGUUCUGUGAAUCUGUCACUUGCUCAUGUUACUAUUGCAACCAGCGUUGUAAAUAUUGUACAAAUGCCUAUGUAUUCGGAAAUACUGUAUCGGAAGAAACAGCAAUUUGUUUAAAAAUGAGUCGAAAUGAACUUAUAAAUUGUAUAUAGGUGUAUAUAUCUAUAUAUAUAUAUACAUAUAUAAUGUGCAUGUGUAUAAAGAUACUUUUUCACCUUGCCAUCAUCGAUAAAGCGUAAGUGCUAGUUGAAACUUGAUGAUAACUUCAGUUACUUCAGCAGCAAACAAGUAUAUAGAUUCUUUCCGCUCUUACUAAAAUUUGCUCACACAAGUGGCAGGUCGACAGUUUCCAUUAGGAAUGUAAUUUAGCAGGAUAAAGCUAUAUUUUUCAUAAGUGACAUGACACUGCCCUCCGAUUUGCAAUACUACGGUGCUCGAUUACGCAGGUUUUCUACUAUAACUGUACUUUACGCAGGAUUUCCAUCACGAUGCAAAUACUUCUGCCUAAGUCGCUGUACAAAUUUGUAAGCAGCAGUAUCUAUGCGAUUGCAAUCUUUGCCAAUAAGUCAAUUGGGACACCGAAGUUUGUGCGUACACCGAGCGUCUCUAAUUCUCCGCAUCUACCUUUGUAUGUAAACAAUUUUUAAAAUGAUCUGAUCAGAUUACAAAUAUUUAAUAUUAAUAUUUUAAUCGAAACGUUGUGUUUACGAGUAUCAAUAAACUGCCAGUCUGAUCGGAUUAAAGAGGUUUACAUUUAUUAAUAUUUUUAAUUAAUUUAUAUUUAAUUCGUCGAAGCAGAUUAUUUUCUAAAAGAAUCACAAUUUGAAACUUUGUUUCAAGUUGCGCAUAAUGUUUGUUUUAUCAAGACAGAUAAUGUUGGACAAAUGUAAACAGAUGUGCUUGCAGAUACAUAUGUAGCAUUCACAAUCAGUUAAAUUUAAGUUUAAACUUAUAAGUUAAAGUUAAUAGAUGCGAUAAAUUUGAGACAUUCCGUGUAUAUGAUAAUACUAUUGCUGGUAUGUUGUACAGAUGUGGGCAAUGAUAUUUAUAGCUAAUUGUGAAAUAAAAAUAUUUAAAUAUAAG